AUGGCAGGGGCAACCUUCACACAUUUCAACGCCCCCAGCAAAUGGGACGCACGACAUGUGAUCAACGAACGUUACCCGAGGAACGGUAAUCGUGACGCCCGAGAAGUCCUGAACGAAAAGCGGGGGCAGUCAAGAACGAGAAGUUCUCCUCCCAACCCUAACCGGGAGCAGAGGGAACCUCGAGAGAGGGAACCUUGGGAGAGGAAACCCCGAGAGAGGGAACCUCGGGAGAGGGAACUUCGGGAAAGGGAACCUCGAGAGAAAGAGCCCCAAGAUCAAAGAGAGCCUCGCAAAGAGAAAGAGCCUCGGCAUCGAUGGGGCCAUAGACAAUGGGCUUCGAGCUCCGAGUCGAGUCAAGAGUCGGAAGUGCAGAUGGGGAACCUAGGUCUCUCCACGCCCUUCGACGAAAACAUCAUGAGGGCUCUCACCCCUCGAAAGGUUAAGGUUCCCCCUAUCGAUCAUUACGAUGGGACCACUGACCCCAUCGACCACCUUGUCGCCUUCAAAGCGCAAAUGAGUGUCCAGACUAGCAGUGAGGCGGCAUGGUGCAAGUUCUUCCCGACCACUCUAAAGGGCUUGGCCUUAACCUGGUUCACCGAGCCCCCUUCCGGAAGUAUAUCAAGUUUCACUACCCUUGAGACAGCCUUCAAACAGAACUUCAUCGCAGGAAGAAGACAUCGGAAGACCAGUAUUCACCUCAUGUCGAUCAGGCAACGGAGGGAAGAAGACCUAGCCGACUAUAUCAAGAGAUUCAAUGAAGAAUCGCUCAAGGUCUCCGAUCUGCAGGACAGUGUCGCGUUCACCGCGCUCAUGUCUGGGUUAUAUCCCUCGAGUAGGUUCAAGAUAAAGCUCACGGAGAGUGAGGCCUCGUCAUUCUCAGAAGCCAUGAACCUAGCUCAGAAGUUCAUUCAGGCCUCCGAUAUUUGCAAAACACAUGAAGAGCCUAGCUCUGGGAAGAGAAAGCAUGAAUAUACCCCUCGAGCGGACAACCCCAGGGACGUCCCUCGGAAAGAGAAGGACAAAAGAACCUCGAUUAGAAAACCACUAUAA